CUAUGACACGUCAGGUAAACAAGGCUUUAGGUACGCUUAUAAAUAUUAAGUCAGAAUAAGCAUCGCAGCCUUAUCAUUUCUUUCUCUUUCAUCUUUAUAUCCUCGUAUAUAAUUUAAAAUCCCCACUGCGACUUUACUCGAGAUGCCGCCUAUCAAUACUCAUUCUACUCCCGAUACGGGUUCUCUGGCCAACGAUGUCGACUUCCCAGCCCACGCCCAAGAUACUAUCUCGUCCGUCUCAUGGUCGCCUGUCGCCAAUCAUCUAGCGGCGGCGUCGUGGGAUGGCAAGGUGCGUAUCUACGACGUUAAUGCUCACAACCUAACCGCAAAAGGAGCAGCGAUGUUUGCUGCGGCCGGCCCUGUCUUCGACUGCGACUGGGCCAAGGUAAGUCUUUCGGUUUCUUCUAACUCUACAGCGUGGAAAUAAAAAAAAAAUUGAAAUUGAAAAUGAAAACCAAUAUUGGAAUCCAAAUAGGACGGGACUAUGGUCGCUGCUGGAGGAGCUGAUAAGUCGCUCCAUAUCUUGCAUCUGCCGACAGGUCAGCAAGUUACUCGGAACUCUCACGAAAAGCCUAUUCGUGCCGUGCGCUUCGUCGAAGUCCCGA